AUGAAUUCGCAGUGGCUAUGCAUUUAAUUUAUAGAAAACUUAAUGGUUAUGAUAUACCCACUACACUUCCUCCGGAACUUAUUCCACCGUCUUCAAGGGAGUUAAACGAAAGUCUGGACUUGAUUAAAAACAUGCUAACUUCAGACGUAAAUGCGCAAGCGAUGUUAAAUUCUCAACCUGGUGCUCAAUAUGUGAAAUCUAGAAGUUUCACCAGUACACCUACAAUCGAAUACAAUGAUGCGGUUAUAUACAAACAUAAGGAUGAUGAUGUUGGUUAUGUUUCUGCUGCGAGGCAUCGUGUUCCUUCAGUACCUCGUGAUCGAUCGCCAUCAUAUUCCUUAUCAACUUCUAUAUCUGAAUCUGGCGACAGGGAUGAUUUAUCUGGAAAAUUAUCAAGAUUAAAAAAGGAAAUUCAUGAAAAGAAAAUUGUAUUAGAAGCGUUGUCAUAUUCAGCUAAUUCAGUUCCAACAUCUUAUGAUCGUUCUUAUUCUAGUGAUUCUUCCGACAUAAGUGAUUACAAAUUCAAGAUCAAAGAACUUCAACGAAAAAUAGUUGAUUUACAAAAUUCUACUCCUGAAUGGCUUUCAAGAGAUUUUACAAGAAACACCGAUGAACUAAAUUCUUUGUUGGAUCAACAUCGUAAUUUAGAUUACGAAUUGAACAAUAUGCUUUCCAGCAUUGUUCCAGAUUUAAUUUAUAAG